AUGCUUGUUCUGCAAGUACUUGCAUUCUUCUAUAUUCUCAUUUUUGCUAAAGAUUCAAAGCGACCCAGCAGUAUAGAGGACGGAGAACACCAAGGAUUCGUGUCCUUAGUCAUGAAGGAAUCAGCUGCAGCUUUUUUGGAUUACUGGCAGCUUUUGACAACUAAGCGAAGUAAUCGGCUCCUGCUCUACCUGAACUUAUUUGCGCUAGGAGUGGAGCUGCUCAUUUUUGCAGGAUUGAUGGACAUUCAAUACUCUUAUCUGCGAUUCAAACUGAGUUGGGGAGAUAAGCAGUAUGGAUGGUUUAGUGGGCUGCAAUAUGGAGUUACAACAGCGACUGUGCUGAUUAUCUAUCCGCUGUUGUCCAUAAAAGGCUUCACGGAUGGGAUUCUUGGAUGUGCAGGUUUGACUGCAAAAAUGACAGCUUUGAUAAUGCUCGCCUUCGUAUACAACUCUGCAAUGGCUUAUUCGGUCAUUGUGUUCACAUCGCUUAACCGCUUUGUUUCAACCGGAUUUCGAUCAUUCAUAUCUGGACUGGUUCAGUCUAGUGAGCAAGGGAAAAUGUUUUCGCUCAUUGCCUUAUUGGAAGGAGUGAUGGGACUCCUAGCCACUGCCAUUUACAACAACCUCUACCCCAAAACCCUAUCUUUUUUCCCUGGUUUCUUUCACCUACUAAGCGCUGCCCUUCUAAUCAUACCACUCAUCAUUCUUGGAAUAUCAGAUCGACGGGUUAAAUCUAUUCUUGACCAACAAGAAACCUCAGAGCCAGUGUCGGCGACAGCUUAA